AUGGCUCGUAAACGGGGUGGUGGCUGCUGCCCCCGUCCGCCCCUCAACGAGGACAACGCACGCUUCUGCCUGCUGGCAGGUCUCAUUCUGCUUUACCUGCUGUGCGGAGCGGCUGUGUUCUCGGCGCUGGAGCGUCCCAGUGAGCUCCGUGCCCGUCUCCUCUGGGACCAGCAGCUGGCUAACUUCACCCAGAACCACCGGGUGAGCCUGGGAGCCCUUCACGCGCUGCUGAGACAGUAUGAAGAGGCCAACGGGGCGGGCAUCAGAGUGGAUGCUCUUAGGCCCCGCUGGGACUUCUCAGGAGCCUUUUACUUUGUCGGCACGGUGGUGUCCACCAUUGGUUUUGGUAUGACCACCCCUGCUACCAUCCCUGGGAAGACAUUUCUGAUCUUCUACGGCCUUAUUGGCUGUGCCGCCACCAUCCUCUUCUUCAACCUCUUCCUGGAGAGGAUCAUUACCAUGUUGGCCUACAUCAUGCGCUGGUGCCACGAGCGGAGAAUGAGGCUCUCAGGGGUGGGGUCUGGGCCUGAGGAGCCCCGCGGUGAGGAGGACAGCUUGGAGGGCUGGAAGCCCUCUGUCUACUACGUGAUGCUCAUUUUGGGGGUAGCUUCCGUGCUGAUCGCCUGCAGUGCCUCCUUUCUGUACUGCUCCAUGGAGGACUGGAGCUACGUAGACUCUCUGUACUUCUGCUUUGUGGCCUUCAGCACCAUUGGGUUCGGAGACCUGGUGAGCAGCCAGAGGGAGCACUAUGAGGCCCAGGAUGCCUAUCGCCUAGGCAACUGCCUCUUUAUCCUCAUGGGCGUGUGCUGCAUCUACUCGCUCUUCAACGUCAUCUCCAUCGUCAUCAAGCAAACCCUCAACUGGAUCCUGGCUCGCCUGGCUUGCACAGGCCAGCGCUGUCCCUGCUCGCCCCCGCCUGCACGGCACCGGCAGAAACGCUUCAAACACAACAGUGUGCGGCCCACCCCAUCCCACGCCCCCGCGGGCGGACACCGCUACACGGACGCCUCGGUGGAGACGGUUUGUGACAGUGAGACGGACGCUGGGGCUGGUGUUGAUAGGGUUGCUGGGGGCAGGCGUCUCUCCGGGGAGAUGAUCUCCGUGAACGACUUCACAGCGUCCAAUAAGGUGUCUCUGGCGCUUCUGCAGAAGCAGCUGUGUGAGACAGCCCACCAGGGCCCCCGACAGAGCCAGGUUCCUCGCCACAAUGGUUUCUCUGGCGGGGUAGGUGCAUUCGCCAUCAUGAACAACCGACUGCAGGAGACCAGCGUGGACCGAUAGUCACUCCGAGCAGACCUUUCUUUUCCGCGGGUUAGUGUGGAUGCUGGAUUGUCUUCUGUUAAGUCUACAAUAACUAGGGACGUUUCAUCCUCAGAAUUAUUGUUUCUAGAUCAAACAGAACUGAAACAGAACGACUGGAUGGUACCGCUGGCCAUGCAUAUUUGCAAAUGUACAUACUGUAUAUUCAUAUAUCAAACGAAUAGGUUUUUCAUGUAAAUCAUGUU